AUGAGCAUCACAGGCACUCAAAUGGAUGCGCUAGCGCGCAUAUACUCAGGAUACAUAGUAAGGAUCGCGUUAUUCAAGCUACAGGAUGACAAUUACGAUCUACAGGAUGUAAAACCGCUACGAUCUAUGCAACAUAAUGAUAGUAAGACACUAUUGAGAUCAGGAACGGAUACGCAUCGUAUGGAACGAAGUACAGAAGUUCAGAGGGCGACUUCAAGCCAGAGAACAGGUUCGGAACCCGGACAAUCCGCUCAAUCCGCUCAAUCCGCUCAAACGGAUUAUCACACCGCUUCAAGGGAAAGCGAAGGCAAUACGCAUACAGCCAGCGAAUAUCAGAGCGAUAGUGAAUUAGCAAUGAUUGAACAGACUAUUCAAGCAUUCAGGCAUGAUACUUCAAUGAUACAGAAGGAAACAGAGCAUCAGGACGCUCAAGGACAUCUAUUGAACAACGAUACAGUUCAAUCUACUCUAGGAAUGAGUAGUUACGAUCAGUUUGAAGUACGAAAACACGCAGAAGACCUCUCCAGACACUACAGAUAUGUUUCAGGACAGUACCAGACGUUUUACGCCGAAAAUGAAGUCAUAUUUCGACGAGAGGGCGAGAGGCACACGCAUUGCAUUGCAUACACGCUCUUUGAGCAUACAAUCUACAUGUUUGAACGUACAAUUUUCUUACUUGAGAUACUACGAAACGAUUUCGCGAAGGACUUCGCAGGACCAGACAGUAUCAGUACUACAGGACACAGGACACACGAUAGGUACAUAAGGAAAGAAUACAUCGGAACAAGGACAAGGACACAGAAAGACAGGAAGUCAGCGCUAGAGCGCAUUGAUCCACACAUGGAUUUGCCAAAUGAACAGAGAAUUGGCAGCAUACACUCAGGACUUCAGGCAGCGCUAUUGCGCAUACAGACAGGACAUUUCAUUGAGACAUACAUGGAACAACGCAGCAUACAGACAGUUACGGCACUCAGGAAAGUAGAGAACGCUACUUGGACAUUUUGUGAUAGAACAUCGCACCAUGAGACAUUGAAAGUAUACUCAGACGAUUCAGGAAUCGAAUCAGUCGACUUACGAAGGCACGAACGAGUCGAGACACAAGGAAACAGUAUGAGAAUACAGCAGGACAUUCAUCGCGCACUGAGAUACCGCGCAUAUACUCACAUAUCUAGUGAUAUUAGGCUCAUACAUCAGGAUCUCAUUGAAUUCAAGGACGGAUAUUACACUCUAGGUUGCACUCCGCAAUUAGUAUUUGGACAUCGGGCUCAACAGGAUAUCCAGUUUUGCAUCACAGUUGGUUAUUGCACGCAAAAGAGCACACAUUUGGAGAUAUUCUAUCAAUACGAGCGCAAGGCACUACAUUCGCAGGAACUAGUCUAUUGGAAAAAUCGAGGACAUAGCAGAGGAAUUUUGGAAUACAUCUCCGCUAUCUAUUAUUGCAUGACUAUUCUACAGGAACAAGAAUUCGCGCAAGGUCAGCUAGAAGCCGCAACGCUAAUACAUUCUAUUGAGGAAGAAGGCUAUAGCUUUGUCGAUCAGGGAUUUACCUCCGCGCUUCCCGAAGACGCGGGAGAAGAGAAUAUUUGCAAUUACCACGCCGCCGGAAUUUCCACUUCCGUACAUAUCGAUCUACACCGCGCGUCUCAGAAUACUCAAGAGCCGAAACGCCAUAUCUCCUCAGGAACUCCACCGAUUCCCUUCGAAAAGUGUCUUUCACAUGGUUUGGAACCAUGCUACCCACCGUCCGGAACGCCACCACCGUCUCAAUACUCACCGGAUCGACUUCGGAUCAGUUCAGAGAGGCAGUAA